AUGCCCGACGAGCAGACGCCUUUGCUUGCUGAGAGCGCCUUGGCGCGCACAGAUGUCGACUCGGAAGAGUUACGCGCUGAGAUUGACCAUGAAGCGGUGUAUAAGCGCUUCACAGAGAGCAGGAAGUUAUUUAUUGUCUUCAUGGCAUCCUGGGGUGGACUCAUUCCUUUGUUUGUCUCGGGCUCCUUCGUACCUUCAAUACCCCAAAUCGCCCGUGAGUUCGAGACUACCGGAGCUGUAAUCAACAUUGCUGUUGGUCUGUCUAUCUUCGCCAGCUCCGUAGGCAGCUUAACAUGGGCGCGCUACUCCGGUUUCUAUGGCCGCAGACCUGUAUACCUUGCCUCAAUGCCCAUUCUGAUCAUCGGCUCACUCGGCGUCGCACGCUCGCGCAGCGUGAACGAGCUUUACUUCUGGCGCGUGGUACAAGCCUUCGGUUCCGGCGGCGGCUUCUCCGUCGGUGCAGGUGUCAUAGCGGACAUCUACAAGCUUGAAGAGCGCGGAAAGGCGAUGGGGAUAUUCUUCGCGGCAUGUCUGCUCGGUCCCGCAAUCGCACCGCCCACCGGCGGCCUCGUUGCGUACUACUGGUCGUGGCGCGCGAUGCAAAUGGGCAUGUUCGUGGUGACCGUCGUUGCGUUCGCGGUCAUAUACGCGUGUCUGCCGGAGACCAGCCAGCCCAAUGCGCGGGGUAUCGAUAAACUAAACGAGGGUUUACCUCUGGAGGAGCAGAAGUGGAGGUUCACGUUCUUGAAUCCGUUCAAGGACAUAGCAUUGUUGAGGAGUCCCGUUGUGUUGUCGACGUGCCUCAUAGCCACAUCCAUUCUCAUGAUGGAUAUCUUCGUGUUGAAUCCGCUAUCAUAUACCAUAGGUGAAGCGUAUGGCAUCCAGAACGAAGCCAUAAUUGGCCUAUUCUUCAUUCCGGCUGGUGUUGGAAACCUGAUCGGUGCACCUUUGGCCGGACGUAUAUCCGACCACAUUCUCGUCAAAUGGCGAAAACGCCGCGCCGGGGUGUGGGUGCCAGAGGACCGCCUAAGAGCUUCCCUGUUCGGCACUGGUGUCCUGGUACCUUUGUCUAUGCUCCUUUUUGGCCUCGUUACAACGUUCGUGCGCGGGAAGCUAGGCAUAGUCCUUACACUGAUUGUUCUGUUCAUGAAUGGGAUUGGGGUCGACUUCGGUUUGACACCUAUCCAAGCGUAUACAGUCGACAUCCUUCAUCAUCAGUCCGCUGAAGUCAUGGCAGCCACGGCGAGUUUGAGGGGUACCAUCAUCGCGCUCGCCGUGUCCGGCAUCUUGCCAUCCAUCGAGCAAUUUGGCAUCUUGACCACGUACAGUGCGGCCGCACUGAUGUCUUGGUUGUUCUUUGGUCUACUACUAGUCACGAUCAGAUACGGUGAUCGCAUGAGGGCUUGGAUAGACUGCGGAUACUCUACGCCGGCGAACAAUUAG